AUGCAUCCCACACCCGUUCUCGCGGCCACUCCAGCCGCUGCGCCCUCACAGCCACCUUGUGACGAUGCGCCGCGUGAACAGUACAUGCUGGUGCUGUCGGGGCUGAUCGGGAGUGGCAAGUCGACGUUCGCCCGGGCGCUGGUGGAGCAUUUUGGCGACUGGCGUCGGUGCAACCAGGACGAGCUUGGCGAUCGACACGCCGUGGUGUACGCUGCACGCACAGCGCUGCUUGCUGGCUACCACGUUGUGAUUGACCGAACCAACAUCGAUGCCAAGCAGCGUCGGACGUGGUUGGAGCUGGCACGCGAGCUCAAUGCGUCCACCGCGGACGGCGAGCGCACACGCAGCGUGGUGACGAUCUCGCUCACGCUCACCAUUUCGAUCGACGAAGCGGAACGAAGGCUGAAGCUUCGCGUUGGUCACGAGACGAUCCAGACUCCGGAACAGGCACUAGGGAUUCUGCCGCACUUUUUGAGGACGUAUCAGAAGGCAUCCAGCGAGGAGGGUUUCCAUUAUGUGCUCACAUGGCCAGCCACGAGGAUGUCGCAGAAUCCGACGCGCGACGAGGUCAACGCGAUGCUGUUCGACAGGCUUAGUGUGGAGGAGAGGGGAGAGGGUGUUCUGCCGGAACGACCACCGCCCAGAGCAGGAGGAAGGGGAAGGGGGAGGGGGAGGGGACGAGGCGAGGCUAGACCGACAAGGGGUUCAUCGGCGCUUCAUACGCCCCACCUCGCUCAACAUGGCCUGUUGGAGCCAGUACAGCAGCAACCUGGACUCGACAACUCACACACCCCGCCCUCGUUCGCUGCGGCCGCAGCUACACCUCCAGCCCCAUCGGCGGCUGUGCCGAUUCAACCGCCUCUUUGA